UUAUAUUAGUGCAGAACACUGUACCUUUAAUUUAAAUGCCCUUGGAGUCUGCUGGAGGAAUACUGACAGUCAGUAUGACAUGCAGAUGAGUAACGUCGUUAAAAUACCACCUAGUACCAUGGGUGAGCGCUUCGCAAACCUAUGUAUCCGACAGGGGGGGUAUAAUGGGUAUAUGCGACUGUCUAUUAAGUGUAUACAUCAGUCGACUCAGCAGUGUGUGAGGAGGACAGUCUGAAAAGUGGACACAUGGCAGAGUGUGGUCGAUGGAGACAGCAGCAAUGGGAGGCCGUACAGGGACGCAUACAGACUCUGGACUGUGGCAGCAGCAUGAGAGCGGUAUAUGGUGCUGGCAGAUUACGGGCCUCCCAUUGCUGCUGCCAGGCCCGUAAGGGUGCUGGCAGAUUACGGGCCUCCCAUAGCUGCUGCCAGGCCCCUAAUCUGCCAUGGGCCCCUAUACCGCCUCCUCAUGCUGCUGCCAGGUCCAGAGGUGCUGGCAGAUUACGGGCCUCCCAUAGCUGCUGCCAGGCCCCUAAUCUGCCAUGGGCCCCCGUACCGACU